AUGUUUGGGAUUCUAGGGUUUAACGCUUCCAUGGGAAAAAGACAGAAGCAAGUGAUGGUCUCUAGCCCAAGCAAGUCCUCAACAGAAACCUCGAAGGAGAUCACAGAUGAUGUCUUGAUUGACAUUUUCUCAAGGUUGCCACCGAAAGCCGUUGCGAGGUGUCGUUGCUUGUCAAAGCGCUGGUCCUCCAUGAUGUGUCAUCAACAUUUCACCCAAUUGUACCUUAAAAAGUCAUCCGUCCGGCCGCGUAUGAUAUUCACCUUGCUAUGCAAUGGUAAGAGGAUCUUUUACUCUAUACCUCAGGAUCUUGAUCCAGACCGCGACUACUUCAAUCCUAUAACUCCUAAUUGCCGGAUGCAUUUCCCAAAAGGUUUGGAUUGUAAUUAUGAAGUGUGUCCCUCUAUACUUGGGUUUAUCUGUACCGAAUCUAGGAAGCCGAUGAUAUGUAACCCAAGUACAAGAGAGUACAUAUCUUUACCCAUAGCAACAACAAAGAAGCAUCAGACAAGAACAUGUUUCGGGUAUGAUCCUAUUAACAAGCUUUUCAAGAUAUUGUGUGUGUCUGAUGAUUAUGUCUGUCGAGUUGCAACGUUAGGAACAAGUGUCGUGACCUGGAGAAGAGUCGAAUGUUCGACACCCCAUCAACCUUUGCAUACUCAGAUAUGCAUUGAUGGUGUUUUGUACUAUAUAAUUAAGUGCAUGGAUGUAACUCCAACGCGCUUUAUGGUAGUAUGCUUUGAUGUUACUAGGGAAACUUUUAAGUUUCUAGGUGUUGACUGGUUACGAACUUACUCUUCGGCUCUUAUAAACUACCAUGGUAAGCUGGGCAUAUUGUCUUUGAAUUAUUUUGGUUUUGAUCUGCGGGUUCUAGAGGAUGCGAAUGAAGCCGAAUGGUCAAAGACUGUCUACAUAUUGCCAAAUCAGUGGAAGCAUCUAGCUACCGCUGCCAACCUAGACCUUGUCGGGAUGACUAGUGAAGGUGAAUUUGUGCUGUCGAAAAUCUUUCUAGAGGAGCCUUUCUACGUGUACUACUUCAAUACAGUGAAGAAUACUGUAGUGCAAGUUCAAAUCGACUUCGGAACUUUACCUAAGAAGGCUUACUACUCGCCAGAAAUUUUGACUUUGAUAAACCAUGUGGAGAAUGUAGAGCUUAUAAAUUAG